AUGGUUGGCGCACAAUCGGUAGCUGAUCUAACCACUUUACUCAAGAAAACGAGAGGACACGUGCCUCCUGCUUUAGUAGGCUGUUCCGUCACAGUAUUACACGAUAAAGUUUUCGUUUUUGGUGGUCGUCUUCCUUCAACAAAACAAAUGACGAAUCAUCUUUAUAUUAUGGACUUACACUCUUUGGAAUGGCAACGUCAUAUUGGUUCACCUGAUUCUGAUCGUCCUCCUUCCCCUCGUUACUUUCAUUCAGCUACUGCAUAUCGACAUUAUAUUGUCUAUUUUGGUGGAAUGACAACUGAACAUACUUCUUUUAGAAGUAACAAUAGUCAUAUUUCUGAUGGUGAUACCCUUACUCUCAAUGACGUCUACUUGUUCGAUACAAUAGAACAUACUUGGAUCAAACCUAGGAUUCCUCGAAGUUUAUUUACGCCAAAGCCACGAUAUGCACAUAUUGCACUUAUUUCAACAACAGAAAAAGAUAAACUGGUGAUCAUGGGUGGACAGGAUGCAAAUAAUGAAUAUGUGAACGAAUUCAAUGUUUUGGACUUGAUCUCUUUCGAAUGGUUACUUGGUAGUACACUGGAUCGACCUUGUGGAAUAUAUCGUACCGUGCCUUUUGAACAACCUAUUGAAGAAAGAAGAUACCAAUAUCUUGAUCAUCAUCAGUCAAAACAUCAUCCGUUACCUUCUUUGAAUACCCACAGCAACAACUUAUUUUUUUACGCCAAUUACAACUUUACAGCCAACACCAUGACCCGUGAACUUUUUAGUUUUGAUCCAACUCGUCCUAUUAGUCAAGGAAAUGGGAUUCUUGAUCAUAGUCAACUUGUUCAAACUGAUACCAAGAAAAUAUUUCCUCCAGGUCUACGAUUCCCUCAUGGUGAAGUGAUUGGUCAACAUUUGAUCGUCGCUGGUACACAUCUCGGCAUUCACUCAAGAAGCUAUCAAGUAUGGGCUCUUCAUUUAGGUACCUUCACUUGGUCAAGGAUUGACACAGGAUCACGAUUGGUAGUUGGUUCUUGGAAUCGUGGAAUGCAUUACAACAAUCAAUGGAUUCUGUUUGGUAAUCGACAGCGGGAUAUCUUCACGGAUUAUAAACAACGACAAAUCAAUUUUGAUCAUAUGGCGAUUAUACAGUUGGAAGCUUUUGGAAUCUAUACCACACCUUUACCGACUUGCAAUCAACUUGGACGUGAACUUGGAUUGACAAUGCUCAACGAACCCAAUAUGGCUGAUGUUUAUAUUCUUACAAAUGAUCAUCAAGUUAUCCCGGCAAAUAGUUCUAUUCUCUCUCUUCGGUGGCCCUAUGCAGCAAAAUUAUUUCGUGGACGACAACGACAUGAAAGAGGGAUUGGCAAAACACUCUUGUUUUCUGAAACGUACUCUGUUACCUUAUCUUUUUUACAAUAUAUCUAUACCGAUCACUUGAUGACUGUACAACAAUAUCAACCUUCCGUCCUGGCUCGAUUAUUAAUACUUGCUGAUAUAUAUCAAAUGUCUCGUCUCAAGGAACUCACCACACAUGCUCUUCAUCAAAUUCUCACCAUUUCUACCGCAAGUCUUAUAUAUGAAUCCACCACUUUGACCAAUCAACUAGGACUACAGAUUCGUGCUUUACGUGUCAUGCUCAAUGCGAAGAAACAACUGGAAAAACAACAACAACAAAUUUUGUCAGUACCAUCAUCAGCACCACCUUCGACUCCUCCUCCGCCUACACCAACCAGUCCAGAUCAAAGAUCACUUACGUCGCAAACUUUUCUUUACGAUCAUCAUCAUGAUUACUUUUUUUCUGGAUCUCCUGUAUCACCAACAUCACCACAACAACCACUCUUAUAUUUGGCCGCCCACCCUACUAUGAACAGUAGUGGAUCAACAAUGCAUCUCGCCAGAAAAAAAUCUUCACCACGAUCAUUUUCAUCAGGCUCUUCAUCCAUCUCGUCUCAUGAUGAUCCUCAUGCACCAUCACCUUACAACCAUCCUCCAUCCACCAUUAUAAACAAUCAACCUGCUUCGACCUAUAGCAACAGCAAGGAUGGAUCUACUGGGAAGUUCAAUUGGCGCAAAAUCCAACAAUCUACCAUUGCUCUGGCGAAACCAAGACCUCUACGUGUAGACGCAUCCCAUCUCCAACCCUUUUACGAUCUAUAAUCUAUCUCACCUUCCUUUUCCCAUCCUUUCUUUUUUUUUUUUUUAUUAUAUUAUUUAUUAUUACUAUUAUUAUUAUUAUUACUAUUUUUUCUCUCCUUUUUUAUUAAUAUUUAUUCUUAUUAGUUUAGUUUGUUGAUACCACUCCUUUCCCUCUUGAUCCCCCACCACUUUCAUUUGGUUAUGUGUAUAUGUUUCACUCUUUCUCUCUCCCUCUCUCUCUCUCUCUCUUCUUUUUCUUUUUAUUAUUAUUUAAAUCAAUAAACGAUGAAGAUUG